AUGAAUAAUUUGAAACAGUUUGUUGGAAAUUACAAUGCAGAACGCGACAAAGCGCAACUGGCGGGAUGGAAGCAACGAGCAGAAAAUUUGUAUACAGAGUUCCAGAAUAAUCGUCUCCAAAUAGAGGUGAUGUGCAAUGCUACCACCAAGCCCGCUGCUGGUGAGGAAGGACCACAGUUGUCGCAAAUUGAUAAAUUUUCCUAUCUGGUGGCAUCGUUAUCGAAAGAUGCCAGAAAGGUGAUCGAGUCAGUAGAGCACACUGCUGCCAAUUAUUCUGUUGCAUGGAACCUGUUGGAAAAACGGUUCGACAAUAAGAAACUUGUAGUUAAAACUUUUAUCGAUGCAUUGUUUGCCAUCGAUUCUAUGAAACAAGAAUGUUAUGAUUCACUUAUGUCGUUGGUGGAUGAUUUUGAAAGGAACUUGUGUAUGAUCGAUAAAAUGGAUAUCCCAACGGACGGCUGGAGUGUGUUAUUGGCACAUAUGGUUUGCAGUCGCUUAGAUUCAUCUACGUUGAAGCAGUGGGAGACUCAUCAUAAAUUUACCGAGGUUCCCAAAUACAAGGACGUCGUCGCAUUUCUCCGUACACACCUGACGGUGCUUCAGUCGCUUGCUCCGUCGAAGUCUCGCUCUUCUGAUUCUGGUAAAGCGGAAACCUUUCGAACACUCAAAUCACGAAUUAAUACAGUCCUCACAGUUACCAGUUCGUCGACCAACACGUGUCCGUUCUGCUCCAAACUUCCACACUCACCUUUUAAAUGUGAUAUUUUCCAAAAAUUAUCGGUCACCCAUCGUUUUGAUCAAGUGAAAAGGAAAAACCUCUGCAUUAACUGUUUCUCUUCGUCCCACCUCCUACGGCAUUGCUCAUCCCUUACAUGCAGAGUAUGCAACCAGAAACACCAUACCAUGCUCCACCAACCAACAAAUGAGCGGUCAGUAGCUCAGGCACCCUCAUCGAACGCACCUAGCUCGAACAGUCAACCCAACCAAGCCAAUUUAUCGAACCAAUCUCCCUCGCACUCUCGGCCUAUCUCGUCUCCAGAAUUCCAAUCGCCACCAGCCACAGCCUCUAGCCUCGUCUCCACCACUCCAGUCGGUUGUUCUCGGAAUGUUCCUUCUACGGUUCUACUACAGACAGCCGUCAUCAAAGUCGUCGAUUCGCAUGGAAACCCUCAGUGGGCAAGAGCGCUAUUAGAUCCUGCAUCCCAGUUGAGUCUUGUCACGGAAAACUUAGUCCAGAAACUCCAGCUUCGUCGCAUUUCCGAUCGUCAAGAAAUAGGAGGUGUGGGUAACUCAAUCGUCGUCUCCUAUCACGCAGUUGUCAUUCAGAUAGGGUCUCGCUGCACCGAUUUCACUGCUCAGGCACGGUGUCAUGUUUUGAAGAAAAUUACUCGAGAACUACCAGUGAAAUGCCUUGAUUCGUCACAAUGGACCAUCCCCUCCAAUGUCGUAUUAGCUGAUCCGCAUUUCAACGAGCCUGGACCUAUUGAUAUCCUAAUUGGAAUGGAUAUGUAUUACGAUCUACUCUUGGAAGGCUUUACAAAGCUGGGACACGAAAAGCCAAUCCUACAGAACACCGUUUUUGGCUGGGUUGCAUCAGGGAAAAUAGGAUCCAACCCACAAUCAACUCCCAAGCUCGUUCAUGCAUUAAGUACGCUAUCCCUUGACGAGCAGCUUUCUCGUUUUUGGGAGAUUGAGUCAUGCUGGACCAACAGCACUCAUUCGUUGGAAGAAACGGGUUGUGAAGAACACUUUGCCAAUACUGCCUUUCGGGAUCAGUCAGGUCGGUUUGUAGUCACCCUUCCAAAACGUCCGUCGGUUAUAAGCAAACUGGGCAACUCAAAAGAGAUUGCCACUCGAAGAUUUCUAGGGUUAGAGCGUCGUCUAAUUUCGAAUCCAAAGCUAAGUGCAGCUUAUGCUUCUUUCAUAAAUGAAUACCAUCAGUUGAAUCAUAUGAGAGAAAUCAACGACACUUCCUCAGUUGAUCCGUUUUCGUACUACUUGCCACACCAUGGCGUUGAGAAGGUGGAUAGCACCACAACAAAACUACGGGUGGUAUUUGACGCAUCAUGUCGAUCUGACAGCGGCAUAUCUCUGAAUCAGGCAUUGAUGGUGGGUCCUGUAAUCCAGGAUGAUUUGUUGGCAAUUAUUCUCCGUUUUCGAAUGCAUCGCUAUGUGAUUAUCGCCGACAUAGAGAAGAUGUUUCGCCAAAUUCGGAUACACCCCACGGACUACCCACUGCAACGAAUUCUAUGGCGCAGUACAUCUUCUGAACCUCUCGGCACAUUCGAAUUAGUGACAGUGACUUACGGCACGGCCUCUGCUCCAUAUCUAGCAACGAAGUGCCUACAGCAGCUGUCAAGAGAUGAGUCGAAGGAAUUUCCCCAUGCAUCACUAGUCCUGGAGAAGGAUUUUUAUAUGGAUGACAUGCUGACCGGUGUCGAUGAUGAGGAAGAGGGAGUGGAACUUUGUAGACAACUUCUAUGUUUGCUAAAAUCUGCCGGUUUCAUCCUUCGUAAAUGGGCAUCCAACUCAUCUACCAUUUUAUCAACAAUUCCCACUGACUUGCGAGAUGAGCGUGUUGCCCUUACUCUCGAUUCACCGUCAACGUCGAUCAAGACCUUGGGCUUGCAGUGGCAUCCAUCCGAUGACAUGUUCCGUUAUUCCGUUCCUGAUUGGACCGAGGAGGGUGCAAUAACUCGACGAAUCAUUCUAUCGGACACCGCCCGGCUGUACGAUCCACUCGGACUGGUCGGUCCGGUCGUAGUCUUAGCCAAAAUCUUCAUCCAAUCACUUUGGAAAACUUCGAAAAAUUGGGACGAACCGUUAGAUGACACUCAGCAGCAGUACUGGAGCAACUUUCGUAGCAGCUUAGAAGAGCUUGAUUCGCUAGUUAUACCUCGAUGGGCAUCCGCCGCCAGUGUUCCAGUACUCAUCGAAUUCCAUGAAUUUUGUGACGCAUCCGAGAAGGCAUAUGGUGCCUGCCUUUAUAUACGAACAGUUUCCAGAAACGGGACUAUCUCCGUGCGCCUAAUGGCCGCCAAAUCAAAGGUCGCGCUUCUGGGAGAUUCGAAAAAGCAAAGGCGUGUCUGCAUUCCAAGGUUGGAGCUUUCAGCUGCGCUUCUUUUGAGCCACCUCUAUCACAAGGUCCAAACUAGCACUGCACUCAACGUCAAAUCAUUUUUUUGGACUGACUCAAUGAUUACCCUUCAUUGGCUCAGUUCUUGUCCAUCACGAUGGAAAACUUUUAUAGCCAAUCGAGUGUCGGAGGUGCAGCAUCUCACUGCUGGUAGCAUCUGGGCACAUGUUCCUGGCAUAGAAAACCCGGCAGAUAUCAUUUCUCGCGGAGUAUAUCCCGAUCAGCUCAAGGAAUUGAAAACCUGGUGGAAUAGUGCACCAUGGCUUGAUCAACCAUCCCGCUUUUGGCCCACCAUAAUUCCACAAACAUCUGUUAACUUGCCAAAGGAUAUACUAGAAGAAAGACCAGUAUCGCUCGCUGUUCAGGUGCCGCCACCAAAUAAAAUAUUUUCUCUGCGAUCGUCGUUUUCGGCUCUUAUUCGCCUCGUGGCGCUUGUUCGUCUUGUCCAUCAUAACGCCAAACCCAAAAAUCGCAAUAAUCGGCAAUAUGGGUUCCCAAGUACAGUUGAACUAGACGAAGCCGUUAAAACAUUGGUUCGAUUAGCACAGUUUGAAGCCUUUUCUAAAGAUAUUAUCGCAGUGAAAACCAACGGCCAGGUGGGACCAAACUCCGAUUUAAAAACCCAUGCCCCAAUACUGGUUGAUGGAGUUCUGCGUGUUCGUGGUCGGCUAAGACAUGCAGCUAUUUCCGAGAAUAGGAAACAUCCAAUGAUCCUGCCAGCACGACAUCCGUUAACUAAGGCUAUCAUGAUACACUAUCACCAAAGCCAUCUCCACGCCGGACCUCAGCUUCUCGUAGCAUGCGUCCGGGAAAAGUUUUGGCCACUUCGCAUCCGCGAUUUGGCACGUCAGGUGGUGUAUUCCUGCAUAAACUGCUUUCGUUGCCGACCCCACAAUCUUGAGCAACUUAUGGGAGACUUGCCGCCAGAGAGAGUUACUCCAACACUACCCUUUCUCGGCACUGGGGUAGAUCUUUGUGGCCCGUUCCAGUAUCGUAAAAUCAAAAAGGGAUCAUCCAUCAAGUCAUUUGUGGCAAUUUUCGUGUGCCUUGUCACUAAGGCAACCCAUAUAGAGCUCGUCUACGAUCUCUCCACAGCACCAUUUAUAGCGGCGCUGCAUCGGUUUAUUGCUCGUAGAGGGAAGCCAAAUCUCAUCGAAUGUGAUAACGCCAAGAACUUCAAAGGUACGGCAAGGGAGUUGGUUGACCUAUCGAGACAGUUUUACUCACAGCAACACCAGGGCGCAGUGAUUAACCGCUGUGCAGAAGAUGGCAUCACCUUUAAGUUCAUCCCACCCCGCAGCCCGCAUUUCGGAGGUCUGUGGGAAGCGGCGGUGAAAUUGCUGAAACACCAUCUCCGUCGAACUAUGGGAAACUCCGUGCUAUCAAAGGACGAAUUCGUAACAUUGCUUGCCCGCAUAGAAGCCUGUCUGAAUUCAAGAUCCCUUACACCGCUGUCAGCCGAUCCUAACGACUUGGAAGUCUUAACACCGGGCACUUCCUUGUACAUCGUUCCCUUACGUGCUUUCCCGAACCCGAUCUCUCUGAAAUCCCUCGAAAUCGGCUGGAUCGUUGGCAAGAGAAUCAAGAACUUCUACGGCGUGUCUGGAAACGGUGGACGAUCGACUAUUUGUCCGGACUACAGCCACGACAACAACAUCCGGGUAGUAAAUGUUCGAACGGCGGAUGGAGAGUACCGGCGCGCUAUUAAUAAGAUCUGUAUUCUUCCUGUUCGCGAACCCACAACCGACACGAUUGAGGCGGACAGCCGCAUCCCAGAUCUGCAAUAG